CGCUUAGGGGGGCAUCUGCAUUUUGAAUUUCCCAAGCUCGUAUACUAGAGUUACUUUGUGGAACCUUGAAGAAGGCAUAGCUGCUGCGUUCAAGUGGCGGGCAGCACCACAGUCUCACCAGCUUCUCCAAAACAUCUACUGACCUAGGAAUACUAAUCUACUGAUGUAUCUCUUGGGUGUGCUGCCAUGUUUUGAAGGGUCAUUCUGUGAGGUGAAUGGCCCUGAAUCCAGCUCACAUGAGCGAGGGUUGAGGGAGAGGGUACUAGGCCUGAGCUUGAGGUUGACCUUUUCUUGGUGUAAUGGCCACAGAGCUCAAAGCUACUCCCAAACAGGAGGUUUCUCCUAGAAUCAAACUGGAAGAGCAAGAUCCAGCUGCCCUUGAGACAAGUGGAGGGUUGGAGUCUGACAGAAAACCUCCACAUGUUGUCCACGCUGGGAGUAUCCGGGAAUUUCUCCGCACUGUGGCACUGCCACAGGUGAAGCAGGAACCGGAUGAGGGCUUGCCACAGCAUUGGGAAGCCCAAUGGCAGGAGUUCCUGAGGGCAGUAGAGGCUCCCCUCUCAGGAUGGGGCCACCACACAAAGCUGCCAGAGUUGAUGUGGGAGCAUACAAAGAUGUUUCCAGCCUUCUGUGAGGGAGAGGCCAACGCGAGUCAGCCUCAUCAAAGAGUAGGAGAAGCGAAACCACUGGAAGGUCUCUGCAGAGCAGGUGGAGGUGAAGAAGAUGGUGAAAAUGUGAAGGAAGAAGCCCCUGGGGUGGAUCUUCUCGGUGUGGACAGGCUGUGCCGACGAUUCUGGCACUUCCGCUACCAGGAGGCUGAGGGGCCCCGAGAGAUGUGUGCCCAACUCCGGGAAUUAUGUUACCAGUGGCUGAAGCCAGAGAGGCGCACCAAGGAGGAGAUCCUGGAGCUGGUGAUCCUAGAGCAGUUCCUGAGCAUCCUGCCACCAGAGAUCCAGAGAUGGGUCCGGGAAAAAGGACCGGAGAACUGUGCCCAGGCAGUAGUCCUGGCAGAGGCCUUCCUGCUGAGGCAGCCAGAGAGGCCAGAAAAGCAGGCGCUGGGCCCAGUUGAAGAAGGAGCUUUGAAUUGCCAGGCACCACUGCUGGAGGUCACGGGGGAUGUUCACAGGGACCCAGUAGAUGGGCAGCUGAGAGGUGAAAAGCUUUCGCAGGUGGAAAAUGCUGAGGCUGCAGACCAACACACGAUGUUCCUGGGAAGAGGGCUGAAAGUUUGCCAGUGUCACAGGCAGAAAGGAAAUCGAUCGGGAGUGGAGAGGCUACAGGAAAAGAAUUCAGAAGAGAUGGUGGAUAUUUGGGAGGCAGGCCUGAAAGAAAACACCGUCUGGCAAAAAGUCCACCCAGAGACAACUCCAGAAAUGUAUGCUGAGACUCGCGAGAACUUAGGCCCCAUCUUGCACUUGAUGAAGCACAAGAGAAUCGAAGCAGGCGAGAAACUUCAUAUCUGUUCUGACUGUGGGAAAAGCUUCAGCCGGAGGUCAGAUCUUAUUAGACACCAAAGGAUCCACACGGGGGAAAAGCCUCACAAAUGUUUCGACUGCGGGAAAAGCUUCUGUCAAAGGUCACAGCUUCUUGGGCAUCAGCGGACACACACGGGGGAGAAGCCAUAUGAGUGCUUGGCAUGUGGAAAGAGCUUCGCCCACCACUCAACAUUCAUUGCCCAUAAGAGGACUCACACAGGGGAGAAGCCAUACAAGUGCUCAGUUUGUGAGAAGAGCUUCAGCAACCGGUCAGUCCUUAUUAAGCAUGAAAGGAUACACACUGGUGAAAAGCCAUACCAGUGCUCUGAUUGUGGGAAGCGCUUCAGCAAUCGGACUGGUGUGCUGAAACAUGAGAGGACCCACAAGAAGGAGAAGCCCCACUGAGGCCCAGACUGUGGGAAGAGCGGCAACGUCCACUCCUACAUUCACGAACACGAACGCAUCAAAGGAGACUGACUCCUUUGUCCCUGGUAUCAGGGUGGGGAAGCAAACAAGACUGAAAUGAUGAGCUACUCCACUCAGGGGUGGAGGGGCAUCUUGUGGAAAGCAGAUAUUCAAAGAAGCUACAAGCCAGAUUUGUUGGGGUGGGGGAGAAGCAUGCUAAGAGUUAGCUUAUGCUUGCAGAAGAACAAGAAAGCAAAUAUAGAGGAGGUAGAAUGAACUACAACCACGGCAGACUGCCAGUGGAGGGAUCACUCUUUCGAAAAGUCUCUCUCUUAAAAAUCUCUCUGCCAUUAGAAAUGUAGUAUGGUAGUAUGAGACUGAGUUUGUUUUCUUUCUUUGGAACUGCUUUUUUACCACAAAUAACUAACCUAGUUAUGUGUGGGUAGGGUUGCCAGGUUGCCGGUGGGGGAUAGGAGGCCCGGCACCUACCUUGUCUUCUUCUCCCUUGGGUGCGAGCAAAGUGUGCACGCUACUGGCUUGCGAGAUGACGUCACUUCUCAUCACUUCUAGGAAGUGACAUGAUUGUGUGGGUCAUGGGCCAACCUGGGAGCGCUCCAUCGCUCCCCAGGGGCCAAAUCUGGCUGCUGUGGAACGCGACAGUGCUCCCAUGCUACGCAGCAGCUCGAUUCAGGCCUGAUCUGGCCACUGCAGAGUGCGGCAGCUCUCCCAUGCCCUUCGGCAGCCCGAUUCAGGCCGAAUUCUGCCCGUUUGUGCCACUGCAGCGCCCAGGAGCAUGCCCGGGGGAGCAGAAUCCCAUGCUCGCAACAGAAACCACAAUAGGUAAAUGAUAAUGUACUGGGUAGAUCUAAUACCUUCCAUGCAUCGUGUCCUAGGGAGGGUACCUGUGAGCAGAGGUAUCUCCAUUAUGCUAACAAAAAAAGUCCUGUACAGGAAAGUGUUUACACAAGCCACCUUACAUGCAAACAAGCAGGUUCAUGGAACCCCCAAGCUUGCGUACAAUUAUUCUUAGGGUCUAUUUGACAUCACAAUAAAUGUUGGUUCACAGACUGGUUUGAUCUAGCCCUAGUGAACUGUGAAGUCACAGGGCAGGCAAUUCAAUUUAUAAGCUAGAGUCUGUAGCUGGCUUGUGAACCACAGCUGUUACUAGCUGUAAUUUAGAAUGAUGUCUGAAUUUUACAAGCCACGGUUUAUUGAGUAGCACUGCCUGAGGCUGAGGUUUAUUGAGGCUGAGGAAAGAUGGCAGAGCAGAGCCUUCCAUCAUAUGUUUUGAUGGAGACGAGUCUUUGGCCGUGAUCCUUGGUCUGAGAAAAAGACUUUAUUUAACUGGGCUUGCUAUUUUCAUCUGUGAAACACAGAAUGAGAAGACAUCUUUAUAAGCUUAAGAGACAGUGUGAUGUAGUGGUUGGAGUGUCAGCUUAGAACUGGGAGACCGAGGUUCAAAUCUCAUCACUCUUGGUGACUUUGGGCCAAACAUUGUUCCAUAGCGUCACCUACCUCACAGGGUUGGUGUGAGGAUAAAACAGGAAGGGAGAACUAUGUACCAGCACAGGAUAAAGAGGCAGUAAUUAGCCUGUUGUAAUAGAUGAUUAGUGAAUGGAGCCAAUGGAAUAAUUUUUUGACAACAUUUUCAUACACAUGGCUAGAUGUUGAGGAUGCAAAUGACAGCUUGCUACACAGCUGGGAGGAGGAAGGACUUAGGACACGCCGCACCCAGAGUUGGCAAUUAAAUAUUUAUUCAUGAAUGCCACUGGAGGGGGAAAAAGAAUUAAUUAGGCUAAAGGAAUGAGGGUGAAAGAAAAGCAAGAACUUUGCUGAAUGAGAUUGACUUCUAAGUGCACAUAACAAGGAUUAUUCUCACAAACAGACACUGCUAGAUUUUUAAGGUAUGGUGCUAUAUCAAGGACUGCAAGCAGAGCUUCAUUUCAUUUCCUCCGGCACCUCAAUGUGGAAAAGAGCAGCGCACACAAAGUGUUGGUGUGGAAAUGUAGCCUUGGGGGUAACACCAAAAGUUAAGUAAUGAGAUAUAAGCUCAAUGAUCCUCAUUUCUUAUUUUAUUUUCCAUUGGUGUUGAAUUACAGUUUUCGCUUUCAACAAUGCGUACAGACAAUUCAACUCACAAGAACAGAAAUUAAAAAAAACAAGAUCAGA